CAUCUUUUUAUGAUAAGGUUUUUUCUGAAAAUGGAGGCGAAUUUUCGUGACCUGUACGACACACUAAAGGCACAUUCCGAGCAAGUCAGUAAAUGGAUGUCACACCUGAAGCAAAUGAAAGCAAAAGUUGACGGCGAAACCGGUUUUAAACUGGGAAGUCUAAGCACAUGGCCUGUUGUUUCUUCUUUUUAUCACCAAAAAGCAAGGCAAAAUACCAAAAAUAUGAAUAGAGAGGAAGAAACAAGCCCAAAGUCACGAAACAGUGGCAAAAAGAAUGACGAAGAUACUGUGGCUCUUAAAAUUCAGGAUACCAAAGCAAAGAUCAAGGCUUUAGAAUACAAUGUUGCUUCUCUGCUGGAACAGAUGGACAAAAGUAUUCCCAUUACACCAGACAAGGAAAAAAAAUCGCUCCAAACAGUGCAGAUCUAUGAUCGUGAUGGUUAUGCGGCAAAUUUCGUUUCUUCCUUUACACAGAAAUUUCAAAGUCAGUUCAUCAUUACCAAAAUACAGAAGUUAGCAGACAUAGAUAGUUGCAAACCACUUAUGAUACUUUGUCAAUCAAGGUCAAGACUACAGCCGGACUUAGAUUAUGCUGUAGAGGAAUUUACGAAUUUAAAAGAUCUGCAAGCUGCUAUUGUUGUUAUACACUGCAAAGAAGAGCAUGCGUUGCCGCAAAUGUCGUCCAAAAUGAAAGUUAGUGGAGAACGGAAGUACCAAAACUUGUCCCUGAUUGAUGUAGCUUUCACGGAGGAACUGAAGUUUUAUGAAUGUGAAAUGAAUUCUGAGGCUUUGAAGAGGCUCGCAGACUUUGUAUUAAAAAAGGAUUCAACUUCUGUAUAAAUUUCAAACUUCGGAGGUCGAACCUUCAGCUGCUUAGGACAGAAACCUAGAUGUAUAAAGUUUCAGUGUUUUUUUUGUUUUUGUUUUAAGAUAUUUUUCGUAUUUUCAUUCAUGUAAAGAAACGGUACUUUCAAUAUUAAUAUUUUGUUCAUGAAAUAAAAAGAGGAGGAUAGGGUCAUCAAAUACGCUAUUUGAAUAAGAACUCAACUGAGUCAAAUAUAUCCAAUUUUGAAAAUCACUUUCUGAAUUUUGAAAUUCACGUUUUUUUUGAAAAUCACUAAAUAUUAUUUUGAAAGUGACCAAUCAGCCUUUUCAAGUAAAUUUUCCGUUCGCUCACUUAAAGCACUGUAUAUGUAACACAGAGUCCGACCCCCACCUCCUGUUAGGAUGAUAACCAGUUUAUUCAUUUGUUAUGUAAGAUGAUGCUUCUUUGUGCACCAAGAAUUAUAUUUGUGUACAGUAGUUAAACAAUUAAAAUAACUAAGAUUUUAAAUUCAAUUUGCUAAAAACUUUAAAGAUGAAAGAUAUAUCGGAGUUAGUCUUAAAUUCUCUAUUGAAAAAUCAUACAUUCUGGUGUAUUUAGGGGCAAAAUUUCAUCAGCGUGGGAACAACGUCAUCUAGGUGGAUUCGUCCAGGUCCAUAUAUACAAAUUGGAAUUAAAUCAUUAUAAUUGUCAGGAGUCAGAGAUAAUGUUAUAAGAAAAGUCGACUUUAAAACUGGAUAAAAAUCCGUACCUUAAAGAUCUUUUUCAUUAAAAUCCUUUCAUGAAUUUUGCUGAAAGUUUGUGUGCACCAACGCCUUAACCCAGUCUCUUUAAACCUAAUGAAUAAGAACACAACACACGAAUAUAUUUCAUUAAUUUAAUUAUUAUUCAUUUGAAAAUUUCAACUAUAAAUGUUUGCCGUGUAGCACUUUGGUGGCAUACUGACUUUCCAACACUUAACAUGAAAUAUUAAUUUGAUAUAUCUAUCGUACAUGUUAUAUAUGUUUAGCUUGUAUAACAAAAUAAGUGUUAGUGAAUGAACAAAGUAUAUAUAUAUCGACAAUGUCUUUACCACAAACAAAACUGCUGUCCUUUUGCGUUAUUACCCACAUUUAGAUGCCACAUAAUAAGCUGUUUAUUAUUCGCAUUAAAUUCAUUUUAAACAUUC